AUGGCCAAGCGCACACUCCUACUGCUGCUAGCAGUGUGGGUGCUGGCCGGGGAACUGUGGCUGCAGGCUGAGGCCCGGGCUGCACCCUACGGCGUGAAGCUUUGCGGCCGCGAGUUCAUCCGAGCCGUCAUCUUCAUCUGCGGGGGCUCACGGUGGAGACGGGCCGAUGUCCUGACCCAUGAAGCCAUAGGAGACGCCUUCUCAGACACGGAUGCCGAGGUGGACGGCCUAGCCGGCGAGCUGGACGAAGCAGUGGGCUCCAGCGAGUGGCUGGCCCUGACCAAGCCCCCCCAGACCUUCUAUGGAGGCCGGCCCAACUGGCAAGGGACCCCAGGGGCUCUACGAGGUGGCCGAGACGUUCUGGGUGGCCUCUCCAGCAACUGCUGCAAGUGGGGGUGCAGCAAGAGUGAAAUCAGCAGCCUCUGCUAA